AUGAUGGACUCUCCAAAGAUGAGCCUGUCCCCGUUGCCGCCGCCCUCCUUUGCAUCGCCAGCCUCCAGCCCCCGCAAACGAUCAAUCCAUGAAGUGGAAGGUACCGCACUGCCUUCCGUUGGCCCCAAGCGGGUUUUGACCAGUUUUACCGAGAACGAUCAAGAGAACCAUGAUCCAACGUCCGGCCCGCAAAAAGAUCAAACGGAGUUGCAUGAUAAGGACACUGUUACCAUACGUCAAUCACCACAGGUGGUGAUUCCUGUCAAGGGGCCUGAUCAGUCGCCUGUUGCCCGAACUGUUGAAACUACACUUAUCCCGUCGAACCAUGUUGGAGAGUCAAAUCAAGGAUCCCCUAUAAAGACUGAUGUGGCGGCUGCAAAAAAGCGCAAGCUAUCACCAGCGAGCAAGGAGGUUAAGGAGCGGCAACGUUUUGAAGAGAAGGCCAAGAGAGAAGAAGAAAAACGUUUGAAGGACGAGGAGAAGAAGAAACGUGAUGCAGAGCGGGAAGAGGAGAAGCGCUUGAAGGAAGACGAAAAGAAGAAACGGGAAGCUGAACGAGAAGAGAAGAAAAAGGCCAGAGAAGAGGAGAAGGUUGCUAAGGAGGUUGCUAAAGAGGAUGAGAAGCGACGCAAAGAAGAGGCCAAGGAGGACGAAAAGCGGAAAAAGGAGGAGGCGAAGCUCAAGAAGGAGAGGGCACAACCAAAACUCAAUUCGUUCUUCACGAAGCCACAAGUACCUGCUUCACCUGCAAAGGCAAUCUCGUCACCAAGCAAAGCUGCACCUGUCAAUGCUCCAACCACAAUCCCUCAACCACCCCAGUCCGACUACGUUAAGGAUUUUCCAGAUUUCUUUUUACAGUCUCAUACUAUUCUUGCACCUUCACAUCGUUUUGAGCGUGAUGCGCAAGCUCUGACACACAUUCGGAAUACGCUUGACGCGUCCUUGGGUCCCCUCAACGGCAGCUUUGAACUUCAGCCAUUCCGCCCUUCCGAAAUCUUUAAUCUUAUUUCAUAUCAAAGACGGUGCGGUCGUCAAGCUCAUUCGGUCAAGGAAAUAUUGCAAAGAAUGCAGAUGCUCAAUAAUGCGGGCAACCCGCCAGAUGGCGUUUCGGCAUCGGCAAAAUCCGACCUGAGCCAGAUUCCCAUGAAGUCACUCAAGUUCGGCGAGGAUGUUCGGCCGGCUUAUCAAGGAACAUUUACUCGCGCCGUCCCAAAAGCAUCAGCGUACAAAGUCUCCCGCAAUCCAUACCGUCGUGAGCUACCAGAAACCAAUUACGACUAUGACUCGGAGGCCGAAUGGGAAGAACCCGAAGAGGGCGAAGACCUAGAUUCCGAGGAGGAGGAAGAAGCCAGUGACGACGGCGAGGAUGACAUGGACGAAUUCCUGGAUGACGAGGAUGACGCAUUGAAGGAAAAUAAGCGAAGAUUGAUCGUGGGUGAACUUGAACCUGUCUGCACUGGGAUUCGCUGGGCAACGGAUGGCGUCGACGAAGAACUCAAAGGGUACCGGCAGGAAACCAUCUCCGAUGCCAUUCAGUUCCCUAUCGACCCAUUUUCUACUGCAUACUGGCAGAAGCCUCAUGCGACCGAACAGGCGCCCAAAAUUCGGGCAACCCAGAAAGGUGGCCUUGACGUGUUCCGGGUGCAACCCGGUAGUGAUGCAGCUGUUGUCAAAACCCUCCCGCCGCCACCGACCUUCAAAGCGAAGCGCCCUUUCCCGCCUGAACACCUGUCUGAAUUUAAAGAGGUGGUUGAGGGCAGUGAUUUGAGUAAGAUUGGAGUUGUUGAAAUUCUGAAGAAACGCUUCCCCAAGGUUUCAAAAGACACCUUGAAGGCCACGCUGGACCAAGUUGCGGUACGAGUAGGUCAAAAAGAAGUGGACAAGAAAUGGGUCUGUCGGUGA